AUGAAGGUCGCGAUCCUCGGUGCCACUGGUGAGACGGGCACCUCCAUCUUGGGCGCCCUCCUCGACUCAACCGAGCCGCGAUAUGAGAUUACUGCACUGGUCCGUAAAUCCUCACUGGAGAAACCUGAAGCACUUGCUCUCAAAGAGAAGGGAAUCAACGUUGUAGCUGCGGAUCUAAGUGGCCCUGAGGAUGAACUCGCGCGAGCCCUCGAUGGUAUAAAUACCGUUAUUUCAGCAAUCAGUGCUACUGACCUCCUUGCGCAAAUCCCACUCAUCAAUGCCGCUCAAGCCGCUGGUGUCAAGCGCUUCUUGCCUUGCUGCUUCGCCCCGAUUAUACCCCCAGCAGGUAUUUUAGGGCUGAGGGAUAUUGUGAAAAAGAAAGAGCAGGUUAUCAAUCACAUCAAGAAAGUCAAACUUCCUUAUACUAUUGUCGAUAUCGGCUACUGGUAUCAGUUGAUGCUACCUCGCUUGCCCUCCGGCCGUGUUGACUAUGCCUUGCCAAUCACUCUAGGAGGUAUUCCAGGUGACGGAAACACUCCCUGUGCCUUUACAGAUCUGCCGGAUAUUGGAAGAUGGGUCGCCCGCAUUAUCGCAGAUCCUCGGACCCUGAACAAAAUGGUCUUUGCCUACAACACGGUUCUGACAAUGAACCAAGCGUACGAUCUGUUGGAAGAGGCAAGUGGUGAAAAGAUUGAGCGCAACUACAUCUCAGAGGCCGCGGUCAUGGAGGGAGUGGCUAGAGCAGAGGCUAAUUGCCCGCCUGCGGACUCAUUCGACUACUUUGAGGUAGUGAAGUACCAAUACUUCAACGCACUCGGAAUUCGUGGGUAUAAUACCCCAGAAUACGCGCGUUACUUGGGAUAUGUAGAUGCAACGGAGCUCUACCCCGACAUGAAAGUGACAACCCCGGAGGUCUAUUGUGAGAGGCUUUUGAGUGGGAAGGCUACAAUGAUCUAUCAGCGUUUGAUGUCGGCCGCUCAGUAA